CUCUCGGCUCCUUGGUGUCUCCUCCUAGGGCUGUGGACUGCCGGCCUUCUGCUUGCUCCUCUGGAAAUGCAGCGGCUAUUGACUCCAGUGAAGCAGGUCCUGCAGGUGACAAGAGUGAUGCAGAAAGCCUCCCUCACACCUGCGCGCCUGCUCCCAGCUGCCCACCAAAGGUUUUCUACAGUCUCUGCCGUCCCUCUGGCCAAAACAGAUUCUAGGCCAAAGGAUGUGGGCAUCCUUGCCUUGGAGGUGUACUUCCCAGCCCAAUAUGUGGACCAGACUGACCUGGAGAAGUAUAACCAGGUGGAAGCAGGGAAGUAUACAGUGGGCUUGGGCCAGACUGAAAUGGGUUUCUGCUCAGUCCAGGAAGACAUCAACUCUUUGUGCCUGACGGUGGCGCAACGGCUGAUGGAACGUACGAAGCUCCCAUGGGACUCCGUGGGCAGGCUGGAAGUGGGCACUGAGACCAUCAUCGACAAGUCCAAAGCUGUCAAAACAGUGCUCAUGGAACUCUUCCAGGACUCGGGCAACACUGACAUUGAGGGCAUAGACACCACCAAUGCUUGCUACGGCGGCACCGCCUCCCUCUUCAAUGCUGCCAACUGGAUGGAGUCCAGCUACUGGGACGGUCGCUACGCAAUGGUGGUGUGUGGAGAUAUCGCCGUCUAUCCCAAUGGUAAUGCUCGUCCCACAGGUGGGGCUGGAGCUGUGGCGAUGCUGCUUGGGCCCAAUGCCCCUUUGGCCCUGGAGCAAGGGCUCAGGGGAACCCAUAUGGAGAACGUUUAUGACUUCUACAAGCCAAAUUUGGCCUCAGAGUACCCACUGGUGGAUGGGAAGCUCUCCAUCCAGUGCUACCUACGGGCCUUGGAUCGGUGUUACACAUCAUACCGCCACAAGAUCCAGAACCAGUGGAAGCAAGCUGGCACCGACCGACCCUUCACUCUUGACGAUUUCCAGUUUAUGAUCUUUCACACACCCUUUUGCAAGAUGGUCCAGAAAUCUCUGGCUCGCCUGAUGCUCAGUGACUUCCUGUCAGGCAGUGGCAACACCCAGUCCAGCUUAUAUAAGGAGCUGGAGGCCUUCAGGGGCCUAAAGCUGGAAGACACCUACAGCAAUAAGGACUUGGACAAAGCGCUUCUAAAGGCCUCUCUGGACAUGUUCAACAAGAAGACCAAGGCCUCCCUCUACCUGUCCACACGCAAUGGGAACAUGUACACCUCUUCCCUGUAUGGGUGUCUGGCCUCACUUCUGGCCCGGCACUCUGCCCAGGACUUGGCCGGCACCAGGAUCGGUGCCUUCUCCUAUGGCUCUGGCUUAGCAGCAAGUCUGUUUUCAUUUCGCGUGUCCCAGGAUGCUUCUCCAGGCUCCCCCCUGGAGAAGCUGGUGUCUAGUACCUCAGACCUGCCAAAACGCCUGGACUCCCGAAAGCGAAUGUCUCCUGAGGAAUUCACAGAAGUAAUGAACCAAAGAGAACACUUCUACCACGAGGUGAAUUUCUCACCACCUGGUGACAUCAACAGCCUUUUCCCAGGGACUUGGUACCUGGAACGAGUGGACGAGCUGCAUCGCAGGAAGUAUGCCCGGCGUUCCGUCUGAGGUUCUACAGAUCUGUGGAAUGGCUCCUGGGGGAAGCCAGGAGCACCUCCUGCUAGCAGAGCUUCUGCCCAUGAAUCACAUUUUUAAAAUCCUGCUUUAAAGCUGGCAAGUAAAUCUGAAUCAACCUCAUCGCCCUAUAAAUUUGGGCGCUGUGGAGUGAGGCACCGCCCCUGUGGGCCCGUCCUCCUUCCCCGCUGCAGCCGCUGUCUCCAGCUUUUGGUGUGAUGGACUCGAGAUGAGAGAGUGAGAUGGAGAAACUAGAAGGCUGUUCCUGAAUAGCUGGUCUCCAGAAAUGUGCACAUCAGCUGUCUCUUUCAAGAGCCAGAAAAACUUUCCUAUCUUUUGUUACAGCUUUAUUAUUAUUAUUAUUAUUAAACUUUUGUGCUACCUUA